CUCUUUUCUUCGCUCGAUUCCAUUUCAAAAUCUGUUCUUCUAUCUCCUGUUCCUGAAGAAGACGAUUUCUGGGUUUGUCUAAAGUUUGGAACUUUUUUCCUGUGGAGACUUCGAUUACCUACAGAUAUCAGAUUCCUCGAUUCAAAAUCAAACUUUGUUCUUCUGGGUCUCUUCUCCUGUUGCUGAGGAAGAAGAUUAGUGGGCUUAAGCUUUAUUUUGUGGGUGUGUAUGCAAAAUCAAAUGGAGUGGGAUAGUGAUUCCGAUCUCAGCGGUGGAGAUGAAGUGGCGGAGGAUGGAUGGUUCGGUGGAGAUAACGGAGCGAUUCCGUUUCCGGUAGGUAGUCUUCCUGGCACGGCGCCGUGUGGGUUUGUGGUCAGCGAUGCUCUUGAACCUGACAACCCUAUCAUUUAUGUUAACACUGUUUUUGAGAUUGUUACUGGUUAUCGAGCUGAAGAAGUUAUUGGUCGAAAUUGCCGUUUCUUGCAAUGUAGAGGGCCAUUUACUAAAAGAAGGCAUCCAAUGGUAGAUUCUACAAUUGUAGCGAAGAUGCGACAAUGUCUAGAAAAUGGCAUCGAGUUUCAAGGCGAGUUGCUCAACUUUCGGAAAGAUGGAUCUCCCUUGAUGAACAAGCUGCGUCUAGUCCCUAUCCGUGAAGAAGACGAAAUCACUCAUUUCAUAGGCGUUCUCUUAUUUACAGAUGCAAAAAUUGAUCUUGGCCCAUCUCCUGAUUUAUCUGCAAAAGAAAUUCCUAGAAUAUCUCGCUCAUUUACUUCUGCUUUACCAAUCGGAGAGCGUAAUGUUUCUCGUGGACUCUGUGGGAUAUUCGAACUGAGUGAUGAAGUAAUAGCUAUCAAGAUAUUGUCACAGUUGACUCCUGGUGAUAUUGCAUCGGUUGGUUGUGUAUGUAGGCGGCUCAAUGAGUUGACAAAGAAUGAUGAUGUGUGGAGAAUGGUCUGUCAAAACACAUGGGGUACCGAGGCAACACGUGUUCUUGAGAGUGUUCCCGGUGCAAAAAGGAUUGGUUGGGUGCGACUGGCCCGAGAGUUCACCACUCACGAAGCAACAGCAUGGAGGAAGUUUUCAGUUGGAGGUACUGUUGAGCCUUCUCGGUGUAAUUUCAGCGCAUGUGCAGUUGGGAACAGGAUUGUUAUCUUUGGCGGGGAAGGUGUGAAUAUGCAGCCGAUGAAUGAUACAUUUGUGUUGGACCUUGGCUCGAGUAGUCCCGAGUGGAAAUCUGUUCUGGUCAGCUCUCCUCCUCCGGGUCGCUGGGGUCACACACUUUCUUGUGUCAACGGUUCCCGUUUAGUAGUGUUUGGAGGUUACGGGAGCCACGGAUUACUCAAUGAUGUGUUCUUAUUAGACCUUGAUGCAGACCCACCAAGCUGGAGGGAAGUAUCCGGAUUGGCCCCUCCAAUACCAAGAUCAUGGCACAGUUCGUGCACACUUGAUGGCACUAAGCUGAUUGUAUCUGGUGGUUGUGCUGAUUCAGGAGCUCUACUCAGCGAUACAUUCCUGCUUGACCUAUCGAUGGAUAUACCUGCUUGGAGGGAGAUACCGGUUCCAUGGACUCCCCCAUCUCGCCUCGGGCAUACUCUAACUGUCUAUGGUGACCGCAAGAUUCUUAUGUUUGGCGGUCUAGCUAAAAACGGUACUUUGAGAUUCCGCUCUAACGAUGUAUACACGAUGGAUCUUAGCGAGGAUGAACCGAGUUGGAGACCUGUGAUUGGGUAUGGAUCUAGCCUCCCCGGAGGCAUGGCAGCUCCACCACCAAGGCUGGACCAUGUGGCAAUCAGCCUUCCCGGUGGUAGAAUCUUGAUCUUUGGUGGUUCGGUUGCAGGGCUUGACUCGGCUUCUCAGCUUUAUCUUCUUGAUCCAAAUGAGGAGAAACCGGCAUGGAGAAUACUGAAUGUUCAGGGAGGUCCGCCGAGGUUUGCAUGGGGACACACAACAUGUGUGGUCGGAGGAACUCGAUUGGUCGUAUUAGGUGGUCAGACCGGUGAAGAGUGGAUGUUAAAUGAAGCACAUGAACUGUUACUAGCAACUUCUACCACUGCAAGUACUUGAUCAAGUGAUGAAGUUAAAAAGGCAUUUAGAUGUGUUGGACAAAAGAUCUAUACAUUGAUCAAAAACAUGUUCAUAUUGUCUGUACAUGGUGAGUUUGAUACGUCCAUGUUUUGUUCAUCUGUUGACUUAAUGUUUUUUUUUUGUAUAUGCAAUAUUACGAAUUGGAUUGUACAUAACGUCUUUUGUAGUGCAAGUGGCCAAAUGAUCUAAAUCCAAACCUUUUUUUUUGUCCUCCCAAAAUGUUUCAUGUCUGAUUGAAAUCAAAAUUAUUGUGUUUAGG